UACUCUCGUACACAGGCAGUGACAUCACGCGAUGUUUGUAGUGCUAUGGCGUACCAGGAAGGGGAGUCGCUUGAAUCCUGGCUCAAUAAAGCCACCCAUCCAACAAACAGACAAGAGGACUGGGAGUACAUCAUCGGCUUCUGUGAUCAGAUCAACAAGGAGCUGGAGGGUCCUCAGAUCGCUGUAACUCUACUCGUGCACAAAAUCCACUCGCCACAAGAAUGGGAGGCGCUUCAGGCUCUGACAGUGAGAAGCAACGCUGUAAUUGUCACACAUUUCUCUGAACGAGCGAAGCAAACAUCCUCAUUAACGUUUUCUGUUCAGGUGCUAGAAGCUUGUAUGAAGAACUGCGGGAGAAGGUUCCACAAUGAAGUCGGAAAAUAUCGAUUUUUGAAUGAGCUGAUUAAAGUUGUUUCCCCAAAGUACUUGGGUGAAACAGCGCCUGAGAAGGUGAAGGUGAAGAUCGUAGAAAUGCUGUACAGCUGGACGGUUGCUUUUCCCAGUGAGACUAAGAUCGGUGAAGCCUACCAGACGCUGAGGAGACAAGGCCUCGUGACAAAUGACCCGGAGCUACCGCUGGACAGAACGCUGAUCCCUUCUCCUCCGACUCGACCCAAACACCCGGUGUUUGACAACGAGGACAUGGGGAAGCUUCUCGCUGAACUUCUCCGCAGUAAAAACCCUGAAGAUCUACAGGAAGCCAACAGAUUAAUCAAAAACAUGGUGAAAGAGGAUGAUGCUCGGGUGCAGAAGGUCACGAAGCGAAUCCACACGCUGGAGGAGGUGAACAUCAACGUCAAGCUGCUGACUGAGAUGCUGACCCACUACAAUAAAGACAGUUCAACUGACUCAGAUAAGGAGAUCAUUAAGGAGCUCUAUGAACGCUGUGACAAGCUGAGGCGUGCCGCUUUCAAAAUGGCCACUGAGACCGAAGACAAUGACACCAGUCUAGGCGACAUCCUGCAGGCCAGCGACGACCUCUCCAGGGUCAUCAACUCCUAUAAGAAGAUUGUGGAAGGGCAGCCGAUCAACGGCGACAGCGAAGACCCUCAAACUACAGGUGGACACAGUGAGAGCGAUACCACAGACACACUGAUCGACCUGGCCGGCCUCGACACUCCGAGUCCUCCUCAACCUGCCGCCGUUCCUCCUCUUCCCUCACUUCCUGUCUCCGCCAACCUCACGCCGUCGCCCAUCCCCGUCCUGCCUCCUCCGCCCAAAAGACUCGCUGGCUCGCAUGGCAGUCAGAGCAGCAGCCCGAGUCAUCCUCCCCUCGACAAGACCUCCACGGCGCUGUCUCUCCUCGACGAUGAGCUGCUGUCUCUUGGACUGAAUGACCCCCCUACCUCUCUGAGCAGCCAAUCAAAACCCAAGUUGGAUGAACUCUCCAAUCAGUGGACUUCCUUACAGGGCCCAGCAGCCGGUCUGGACAUGUUUGGUCCUGUAGCUGGUCCAGGUCCAGUUGUUCCGGUGGUUCCGGUUGUUCCUACGGUGGAAGCAGCCGCCACACACAGUCUGCAGAACCUGCAGGACCUGGCCAUGAUGGGCUUUUCAGAUCACAAGAGUUUGUCCAGCCAGAUGACAGCCAGAGGAACCAGCUUCGGGAUCCCUGCAGCAGCUCCUGCCCUCAUACCUGGGCAGGGCUCUCCCUCUUCAGCCUCUCUCCUCCAGAGCUCCAUGCCCGGAUCCCCUGCUUUAUCCCAGGCCAGAGCUCAGGCCCUGGGCUCGGCUCCAGGCAGCCCCCUGUUCCGCUCCCUGUCCCCCUGCCACCCUCCCCUCCAGGGCAGCCCGGCCAGAGCCUCAGACGUCUCCCUGAGCAGCGUCCACGUCCCUCUGGAGGCCAUCAGACCGAGUAAAGUCCUGCCUGUGACUGCCUACGAUAAAGACGGCAUCCGUGUUCUGCUCAACUUUGCGUCCGACUGUCCUCCUGGCCGGCCUGACGUGUUGGUAAUGGUGGUAUCCAUGCUGAACACAGCGCCCCUACCUGUUCACAGUGUGGUCCUGCAAGCGGCUGUGCCCAAGUCCAUGAAGGUGAAGCUGCAGCCCCCAUCAGGAACAGAACUGGCACCGUUCAACCCCAUCCUACCUCCAGCCUCCAUCACUCAGAUCAUGCUGCUGGCCAAUCCAUCAAAGGAGAAGGUUCGCCUGCGCUACAAGCUGGCCUUCACGCUGGGAGACCGUCUGUGCAACGAGGUGGGAGAAGUGGACCAGUUCCCUCCUCCAGAGUCAUGGGGUCAGCUAUAGCCGCGUGCAGACCUGCUAACCUCAGCAGGGACGGGCUGCUUCAUCCUCCAUGACGGGGUGCGUUGGUUCCCAUCCAUCCCAGAGAGAACGGAGGGCAGAGUGGGGAGAGCCACCUCACAGCUUUACAUUCCUUAUAGUCAGUCUUUUUUUGUUAUUAAUGGAAAUAAUGAAGUGUUAACAGCAAACUAGAAGUUUUAGCUAACAAAGCAAAGGCAGUGAUGCUUGCAGGUCCUUGAGAGAAAUAUUUAAGUGUAUUUUUCCAACAGAUUUGAAUGUACUGCAGAUGUUAGCCUCAAACUGAAGUGUUCCACUACAGAACAGCACAUUUUUUAGAAUAAGAGCCAGCAGAUGUGCUUUUAUUUAUUCCUCCUGCAAAUACAAAAAUAUACUUGAAUAUAUCCAGAGACUUAAAAAUCCAGUAGAUCUCUUCAGAGGGAGUUUGGAGAAUUUAGUGGCGUAUCUUUUGCUGCAGACAGAUAGAAGGAUGUGUGUUUGAUUAUUUUAGCCAUCUGGAUUUUUAACUUGAGUCAUACACUGGUUUUAUUUCAUGUUAGUUGUAUUUUUUGGAGGUAAAUCAAGAUGAUUUUAUCCCGGAUUGUCAGUCAUGUUUCUGGCAGAGGGCAUCCAUAGUCAUGUUUUCUAUUUAAAGAUGUUUUAUUCUCCUACCGGUGUCAGUGUUGGGAGGAUUUCUGUCAUAUUGAUUUCCUCUUCAUAGUAUUCAGUGCAUCACUCAACCUUGAAAAUGUGACCUGAACAACCUGAAUACGAGUCUGUCUCCGGGCAGAUUUCUUUUCCAGUAUGCAGCAGAGGGAUGGAGUGGACCUGUGAGUGAAUUUAAUAAUCAGCUCACUAAAUCCUCCUUCACACUGGAUUCAGACUCUGUCACUUUCUGCACACGAUGUUGAUUUUAUUUUGUUAUAAAAACACCAUGUUUGUCCACUCCUCACUAAGACACUUUAUGCUGUUUCUUCUUAUAAUUUGCCACCCAUUUGCAUUUUAAUUCCACCAAGGAAGCAGUUAUGUGACGAUCAGCGUUGGUUUGUCCGUCUGUCAGCAACAUUAUUCAAAAAUGGAUUUAGAUUAAAUUUUCAGGGAAGGUCAGAAACAACACAAGGACCAAGUGAUUAGAUUUUGACAGUAAUGCAGCUUAUAGUCCUGAUCCAUGGAUUAGUUAAAGAUUUCAUCUGUUGGUAAUUAUACGACUGAGCAGCCUUGGAGGAGUACUGUUCUCAGUGCUUUUCUUGUUGUAGAAGUCUUAUUAAGGAACAGCUCCUGGGAACACUCACAGCUUUAUCAGUGGUUUUAUACAUCAUUUUAUCUUAUCAAUGCCUUGUUUUAUCUCAGAGGUUGGAGUUUCUUCAUGACUUAGCUUUCAUCUUCACAUUUGAAAAUGAGAAAUUCCAGUUUGUUUUGCAAUAAGUCAGCAAAAUUUACAAAGAGCGUGUUUUAACUUUGCAAUUUUGGUUUGAGAGUAAAGUGAAGACGGUAAACUGAAGUGUGCAAACAGUAAAAGGGUCUGAAUCCACUUUUAAUCAACUCAUCGUCAUACUGGAUGUACAGAAGUGUGUGUUUAAUGUAAAUAGUGUGUGACGUAACGUACCUGCUGUCUGCUACGUGAACAUGUGACGUGUAGAUUCUGGGAGACUGUUCGCUCUGUACAUAGUGUACCAUGUGCCAUUUGUUUUGCUGCAUGGAAAAAUAAAAUGAUUCACAGA